AUGGCCUGGUCCAUACUUCACAAUGGACCAGGCAUGAAGUCCAUUAACAAGGAGCUUUUUAUGAUCAUGUGUGGCCAGAAACCAGAUCUCACCACAUUUGAUCUUAAUAACUUUCUGGAAAAUGACCUCGCAGAAAAGCUGGCAAAGGUUGUUAGGUGCAGCACUACAGAGGAGCUGACGGAGCUUAAAAACUCCCUGGGGGACUGGAUUUGCGACUGUGGGGUACCCAAUAUUUUCACAGCCUCCAUGAGUGAUCUGCCCACAAUUUAUGGGCAGUUAGUGACCCACUUCAUCUACCACAGAGUGGCAAGUAUUAUCCAGCAGUUCACUUCUGGGCUGAACUCCUGUGGCCGGUUGUGGGAGGUAGUGCUUAAUAAUUGGAAAGCGUUCCUCCCCUUGUUUACCAACACAAGAGGUGCCCUAACAAGAUAUGAAUUCAGAGACCUCUUCGACAUUGUCUGGAGUUCACCAGGGAGCAACAGGCGAGACCUUGAGGAGGAGACUAUCUUCCUGUGGGAAUGCUGGCUAAUGUCGAUUCAAGAAGAAGAUGUGGGCAUAUGCUUUGAGGAUGUCCUAGUGUUUGUAACUGCAGCAGAUUCUGUCCCUCCACUGGGGUUUCAGCAAAAGUGCAAAGUGGAGUUUUAUGACCAAGAGGAGCCAACCAGAAGAAUUCCGUAUGCUUCAACCUGUGCCCUGACUCUCUACCUACCAAGAGGUGUGUCAGAAGAAGAGGAUUUCAAGGAAUUAAUGUUCCUUGCAAUAAAAGGAUCUCUUGGCUUUGGGAAGGUAUAA